AUGGCAUCAUGUGGUAACAUGCAUUCCUGUGACGUGCAGGCGCCAACCUUUACAGGAUGCCCUGUUUCACGGACGGUUACUGCCGCGCCUCUGGAAACAUCUGCCGUUGUGACAUGGACCACACCAUCAGCGUCGGACAACUCUGGAGAAUCAAUCCCUGUUAUCCAAGAACAGGGUCCUGUAACUGAGAGUGCGCUUCAAGAAGGCAAUCAUAUGGUUAUGUUCACUGCAACGGAUAGUUCAGGAAAUAAAGCGACGUGCACAUUUACUAUUACUGUAAGAGUGGUGCAUUGCCCUGCACUUUCUGUGGACCUUCCUCUUCAAGUGAAUUGCCCAGAUGGUUACGUCCAAGGUUCUGAGUGUACCUUUAGUUGCAGCACGGGAUACAUUCUUGAUGGGCAAGAGACGAGUCGGUGUUUAAUGACAGGAUCAGAUGGAGCGUGGGACACAACGACGCCUACCUGUCAAAUUACUCAGUGUGAAGAACCAACCUUGUUAGAAAAUGGGGGAUUGAAAGGGGAGUGUAACAGAAACUUUGGAUCGACCUGCUAUUUUGAGUGCGAUGUUGGAUAUGAGAUCAACAAUGAUGUCCUUACUUGUCUCGCUCAACCCGAUAGCUCAAACGUAUCCUGGCAUGGAGAAGUACCAGAAUGUUCACGAAUCUACUGCACGAAGCCGCCAUUAUCCAUCGGUCUUCAGAUCACCGUCUCUUCCGACUGUCCAUCUGGAAGCCAAGUUCCAUCAGGUAACCACUGUCAAUUUGUUUGCACGGAGGGAUACUACCUUCAAGGAAAUGAUGAUUUGAUGUGUCAAGAAGAUCGAACUUGGAGCGGUACCUUCCCUACUUGUAGCUUAAUCACGUGUGCAGUCGAUGAUGUCCCCAUUCCGAUGAACGCUAUUAUGCAAGAAGGCUGCGAAGUCGAACAUGUAAAUUACGGAACAGUUUGCACUAUUUCUUGUCAACACGGUUAUGAAGCUACAGGACCAAGUAUGUCUACGGAUAUGACGUGCUCUGAUGAUGGGGAUGACGUCGGAUCUUGGUCUGGUGAUUCUAUUCAAUGCAUUGAGGUAACCUGCCUGGUCCCAAUUCCAGAGGAAAGUGGAUUCACCCCGUUCACUGUGGAAUGCUCCUACAAUGAUGAACCAACUACAAUAUCCGAUAGGCAGAGAAUUUCUACUUCAUGCUCCUUCGAAUGUGUAGAUGGAUACUCAUUAGCGGAAGGCUCUUCUGUAAGAGUUUGCUUGCCAACAGGAGAAUGGGAUGGAACUCCGGUAUCAUGCAAAGAUAUAACACCUCCUGAACCGACUUGCCCUGUUGAUGUGGUGUUGAAAGCUGACAAAGGGACGACUUCUGUUGACAUACCAUGGAGUCUAUGGGAACCGAUUCUGGCUUUCGAUCUCGGUACAACAAUUGAAGCGACUCUUCUCAGUAUUAACCACAUUGAUGUAGGGGAGAAUCGCCCAUCAUCAUUCUUAGAAGGCAUCCAUACACUCGUUUAUCAGGCAAGAGACUCGUCUGAAAAUGAGGCCGACUGCUCCUUUUCUGUCACAGUUACAGUUUGCAGAUGUGCACCACUGCAAAUACCCGAAGACAGCAUCGUGACGUUACAAUCAGGAGUUGGAUCUUGCAGUACCGGAGUUGUGUAUGGAUCCGUUUGUACCAUUAGCUGCGAGAUUGGCUACGAACUGUCAACAGGGGAUAUAUCUUUGAGUAGAACUUGCGAUAUUACGGAGUCUGAUCAGAGUUGUGAUGCAACAUGGAGUGGUGUUGAUCCUGUCUGUGAAAUUGUAAGGUGUAACACUCCUAGCAUCACAAAUGGCUUUUUGGAUUGUUCGCCAUCAACUGAAGCUAGUGUGGCCUACCUCACAUCCUGCGAGUUCUCCUGCAAUACUGGUUAUAUGACACCAACCGGGGAAGAGAAUCGUAUGCGUACAUGUCAAGCAGACACUACCUGGAGUGGGGAAGAUUUCCAAUGCACUGAAAUGGUUACUUGUCCAGCUCGACUUGACAUUCCUUACGGCAGUGUAGCGCCAUCUUCUUGUGAGUCUUCCGACUCUGUUCCAUUCCAUUCCACCUGUACCUUUACAUGUGAAGCUGGUUUCCGUCUCGACGGUCCUAUCAGUGUGGAGUGUAGUCCGAACGGACAGUGGGCACCAAGUGAAGAUUCAGUCUGCGUUGAUAUACAACCUCCCACAUUCAACCUGAACUGCCCCCACAAAGUUGGAGUUGAUGCUCCACCUAACCGGAUCACCGCUGUAGUGCACUUCGAGGAACCCAUUCCACAGGAUAACUCUGGAAUAGUUAAUCUAACAAGGUUGGACCCUAGUCAUACUUCAGGGAGUACAUUUCCAGAAGGCACAACUACAAUACAAUACAAAGCCACUGACGGGUUUGCACUCACAUCAUUAUGUAGCAUGAUCAUUGAAGUGACUGUGCACCGUUGCUCCGCCCUACACUCACCCCUUCACGGCUUUAUGAUUGGUUGCGAUGAUCCCUACAUUGGCAGUGAAUGUUCGUUUUCAUGUGACGGGGGCUACGAUCUGGAGGGAGCGUCAUCAUUACAGUGUGAGCAGUCAUCUGAUGGCACCCCGGCAUGGAACAAACACACGCCAACCUGCCAAAUACAGACAUGCCUUCCCCUUCAAGUCCCGGAGUUUGCUUAUGCGCCUGGCUGUGACGACCAAUUUGUGACUUUUGAAACAACCUGCACAUUCUUAUGUGAACCAGGUUACUCCGGGGAAGGAGAGAGCGCAUUGACCUGUUCGGAAGGAGGGGUGUGGCCUAGGACAGACUUUGUAUGUGAAAGAAUAUCCUGUGAGGUGCUGUCGGAGCCCACUUCAAUUGCCAUUUCACCGGAGACAUGUUUGUCUGAUCCACGUUUUGGUGAUAUCUGUACCCUGGAAUGUGAGCAGUCCGGAUUCAAAAUAGCCCCUCCGAAUUUGAGAGAACUUACUUGUAACGAUGAUCAGACGUGGUCUGGAAACACGGAGGAGGUUCAGUGUGUGGAUCUGCAGGCACCAGAAUUCGAGGACUGUCCACAAGAUAUGGUAGUCUUUGUAAACAGAGGAGAAGACUCAGCUUAUGUUGAAUGGUCUGUAGUUGUAAGAGACAAUCACCCGCAGUCACAAGAACUAGUAGGGGUGUGUAACCAACAGCCUGGGAUCAUGACCAUAGGGGAAUAUGUUAUAUCUUGCAGUGCUGUUGAUGAAGCAGGCAACGAGGGUCUUUGUCAGUUUACUCUGGAAGUUAAAGCGAGGGAGUGCGAAACCUUAAGCCCUCCUGAACACGGCUAUCUACUAGAUGAAUGUGAAAUGAUCCAUGGAUCUGCAUGCCAUCUCGAAUGCUCUGAAGGGUAUAUUUUGGAGGGUUCUUCUACUGCGACCUGUGAAUUUGAUGGAUCCAAUACCUACUGGCAUUAUGAGGAUGAACCAGUUUGCCGAACGACUAGUUGCACACCUCUUGUUGUUCCCGAUGAAGUGAUAUUCUCUCCGUCAACCUGUUCCGGGUCUGACAUGGUACCUGAUGGAACAGUGUGCACCAUGAGCUGUGACUUCCUCCUUACAUUGGAUACAGAUUACGAGUCAUUCACAUGCCGCGAAGGAGAAUGGGAUCAAGAACUGGAUAUAUCAGUAAUACCGUGCAAAGAUGAAGUUCCUCCUACAAUAUUGGAUUGCCCACAGUCUCCCCUUCGGGUUGAUCGCAUUAAGUUUUGGGGUGUAGAGGUUACAUUCGUCAACCCAAGAGCAAUCGAUAAUUUUGACACAGAUCCGCUGAUGACUACCGACCCUCCCGAUUUAAAGUCUCCAUACAACUUCACAUCUGAUACGAAGUGUACAAACACAUUCACCGAUGAGGCGGGCAAUAGUGUGUCUUGUGUAUUCAUAGUCGACAUAACGAAUAAGGUUCAACCAGUUAUAACAUCAUGUCCACUUGGCGGUGAGGUAAUUGCAACUGAGGGAACUGCAGAGGUUAAAUAUGAACACCCUUCCUACUCACCUAUUCCAGGUAUUGAUCUUGUGUUGUCGUGUGAUGUUCCAGAUAGCCCGGUAACACUACCAGUGGGACACCAUGAAAUCACGUGUUAUGUCUCCGAUCCCGAAACUGGUCUACAGUCAGAGUGCAAAAUGGAUUUUGAUGUCACAUAUGUUAGCAGGUGCCCACAAUUAUACCCUCCCGAGAACGGGGCACUGGCCUGUGACAUAUUUGCCUAUGGCCAGUUCUGCAGUAUGCUCUGUGAGAAGGGCUACGAUAUUCCAAGAAGAGCUCCUCGGACUGAAAUGUUCAUAUGCAGCACCUCUGGUGAUUGGAGUCCUCACAGCGAAGUACCAGGUUGUUCAGAGCAAAAGCCAAGAAGCACGUCGAAGAAUUUUCUUCCCGAGACCCUUUACUACCCCUCCCCGUGUUCCGAGAAUGAGGACAGCAGUGUAAACACGAUAGCCCAAGGAUUCCUUGACAUUUUAAAGGCUAGUGAGUUCGGGUAUAUUUGUGAAGAUAAUGACCAGUGCUCAGUGGAGAAUGUGAACGUUUCUUGUGGAAUAAGGAGCGAUCGCAGAAGGCGCCACAUUUCAGACAACGGACCAUUUGCACGUAUUUCUGUCGAUAAUAUGGCCGAAAGGAAAGGGGGCGAUGCGCCUGUAAAUAUCAUGCAUAAGAAAGAUAAUCCAGAGACGAACAUCCUCUCUGCAGACGCGGGCUGCGACGAGGGACAUUACUUCGACAAGGUUGACCUCAAAUGUGUUCCUUGCCCUAUUGGGUAUUAUCUUGAUAUGGCCACCAAGAUCUGUAAUCCAUGUGAUCUAGGGUUCUAUCAGGAUAAGCAGGCUCAAAAUGAAUGCAAACCGUGCAGGGAAGAUACAUCAACCAUCGAAAAGGGAGCUACGGAUGCUAAGCAGUGCAAGGAGUUUUGUCCAGCCGGGCAUUUCUCCAAGAGUGGAUUGUUUCCUUGCCGACCUUGCCCGCCAGGCUUCUACCAAGGACGCCCCCAGCACACAUCAUGCAGACGAUGCCCAGUGGAUACGACCACAACCAUAUCCGGAGCAACCUCUAUCGAAAGUUGUCAUAUAUUGAACUAGAUAUUUAUACCACAAAAAUGGUUGCAUGAGAUGUUUCUCGACGUUGAUGGGAGGCUCUUGUGUAAUUUCGUGACCGCAUACGAAUUUGGUCUCAAAAUUUGCUCGCCGAGACAUGAAAGUAAAAAUGAAGUAAGCGAACAAAUCGGUUACAAAAUUUCUCUCUUUCUCUCUCUCUCUCUCUUUGGGUAAGUCAGGGUUAAAUCUGUCACAACAGAUAUGUCCAAUAUACUUACAAUACACACUUACAAAGUAAUGGAAAAGAAAUAAUUAUUUUCUUUAGACCACAAUGCUUCCACAUAAACAUGUCUGUAAAUGGUUCCUAUUAAUAAACGAAAAUAUCCAAUGGCAUUCCUAUGUUUUAUUUUUUAACUAGAGUAAAAACGUUUAUUGAUAUUAUCAGCACAAAACUUAUGUAUCCAAGAAUAUGAAAGUUUGCUGUAAAAUGCUACCUGCAAAAUGUUGAUUCUGGGAAAGUAUUUUUUUACUUUGUUCGUAUACUAGUAAAAUAUUUAGAUGGUGGUUAACUAUAAUGUAGGCAGACCAGCAAAGGAGAGAUGACCUUAAGCUUUCCUAAAUAUAUUAUAGUUUGAAACUUGAAAUCAGUUAUAUGAAACUAUAUCCAAUUGGUCUUAAUUUUUUUUAUAAAGAUUGCUGUUUCAAUGUUUUUAUAGAAUAGUGCAAAAGGCUUGGUGUCAUUUUCGGCUAUGUGUACUGUUUUCUGCUCAAUUUGAUUUGUAUUGAUAAAUAAUAUAUCAACUUGAUAGGGGAAAGUCCUACCAACACUCUGUUGGCAAUAAUAAAUUGCGAAGUAGUUCACAAUUGUAAACUUGCAAAUAAGAAUAUAGACUGAAAUGUAGCCAGCAUUGGGAUGAUAGGAAAUUGUAUAUACGAGCAGAAUAUUUUCUUUUUCUUUUUGUAUACGAUCAGAGUAAUUGUUGCAUAGUGUAGCUUUUAUGCUUGCAGCUUGGUUGUAUACAAGAGAAUUGUUGCUGAGCCACGGGUGUCUUUGCACUAUGGAUGCGCUGUAUAAAUCUGCACUGUUAUUAUACAGAUAUGUGAUAUGUUUGAUUUUUAAAAUAAUUAGUUUACUGCAUUCAAGAAAAUGUGACAACUGAGAUUUAACACUGAUUGAUUAUAGCUUAAGCAUAGAUAAUACCCCCUUCCCCCUCCCAACAAAAAUCCCCAUUCCCCGUUCUGACCUUACUCGCCAUACUCGCAUGGAAAAGGAGCCAUGUAUUCCCCUUUUAUAUCGCUUAAAGAUAUUUUUUUUAUAAAGCUCAAGCUCACAAAAACAGUUAAAUCGUUGACGAAAUACCAAAUUACUACCAUGAUUACAGCGCUUCAUCAUAGGAUUAACAUGUUUCAAAAGUAUAGGCUUUUCUUUAUUUGCCAUUGUUCUAUACAUUUGUCAUUCAAAUACAUGAAAUAUACGUAAUAUCAAAUUAUCUGCCCUUGUAUCACAACCAUAUUCAUUCAUUGCAUGGCUUGCGAGCUGGACCAUUGCAUCAAUUCAAAGCAAAUGUCUUUGUUUUACGUUAAGAAUGGAAAGUUUGACGGUUUAAAUCGCCUUCAAGGAAUGUAUGUAAUGCAGGUUCAAUCAUGUUGUUUAAUCAAAUUAAAUUUAUUCGAUCACAGAGAAAAAAAUCACUGAAAACAAUGUUUUCAAAAUAUCCUGAUCGUAUAUGUAGGAAAGAGAAAUAUGGAAUUUUAUAUUUUACACAGGUUGUAUGCAAAUUAGGGAACCGAAAGCAGGAUCUUUAUUCCUACGUAAUGUUGUUACAUUUACAUUAAUUGUUGUAAUAUGUUUUCAUUCAACAACUGAAGUUUUUACGUUUUUUAAAAGUCAAUAUUGUAUAGAUUUUCUUGCAUGAUAUAUAUUGCGAACGUUAAAAUUCA